AUGCCUAGCAAAAGGGUAAAAAAGGCAAAGCAGAAGCCAAGCGAUGAAAUCGAAUUUGAAGAAGAGGAAGUGACGAUAGAUGUGGACGAAGAAGAUGAAGAAGGGCAUUCUUUCAAAGAAGAAGAAGACGAUGAUGAUGAUGAUGAUCACGAACAUGAGCCCCCUUCCAAAAAACGCAAGAAAGCGAAAAAAGAAGAGUUAGAAGAUGUUGGUCCGAAGCUUUCUAAAGAAGAAAUCCAAGAACUCAUCAAAAAGUACGACGAGGUCGGUUUUGUUUUUUGUGUUUUUAUAAAAAGUUUAUUCAGAUCAAAGCAAAGCCAACUGUUACAAAGGACGAUUUCAAGCAUUUGCCGAAGUCCGACCGCGGGAAAGCCUUAAAACGGGCCAUCAAAAAGGUUGAGCGGAUGUGGUUGAGAAAGACUUGAAAAAAAACCGCUUAUUUCUUCUUAGAGAAAAAAAACUUUCGGAACUUCUAUUUUCGGUAAAUACUAUUCAAUGAAUCAAGAUUUGGAUGAUUAUCAAAUUGAAGAAGUGUGCUAUUGACAUGAUUCAAAUUCAAUAAACGUGUAGUUGUUGGGGAGCGCCGACAUCGCCAAGUUUUUUGAGUCUUGAACGGAAAUUUUAAAUUGAAAUUCUUCAAACAUCAGGAUGUAAGAGAAAUGAAUAUGAUAAUACCUUUCGGAGCUGAACUUUUUCCGAUAAGAUCGAGCUUCAUCCAGCUUUUUGGUAAACUUAGGUCCUUGGGACUCACAAAUAUCUUUUUAUUUUUUAUUUUUCGUGUUUAUAGGAUAAACGGACGAGACAGGCCGAGAGAGCCAAACUCCGCGAGGAUCUGGGAGAAGAGGCGCCGGUGAAGGAGCAGCCGAAAACGAUCGAGAGCACCAGAGAGUAUGACGUCACGAUGGUUGCUGAUGACGAUGACGAGGUGACGUUACACUAAAUCGGUUGCCCAACGUCUUCUAUCAGGUAGAGCACGACGAGGCGAACGACGAAUUUGCGCCCUACUUCAACAGGGAAACCACUCCGAAAGUCCUCAUCACCAUGUCUCCCAAGGCGAAAAUUGUCAGUUCAUCUUCUUGUUGACGCUGGAAAUAUAUUCUUCCAGACGACGUGGAAGUUCUGUUUCGAACUGAAGAAGUGCAUACCUAAUGCGGAAAUGUUCUCGCGAAAAAAUGUUUUACUCAAGGUUUGUUUGAAAAAGAAUUAUUAGUUAUAAUUGUGUAAGAGAUAAGCAGAAGCGGUAGUUUUUGUACAAAAAAAUAAAUCGGGGUUUUUCGAAAUAAUUUGAAAUGAACUUUUUUUUUAGUUAGAAAUGUAAUCGACUAGGCGGUGAACAAGAACUUUCGAAGCUUUAACGAACAGCCCUUGGCGAACCAAAAUUCUAACCUGUAGUUGAUUAAGGUGAAAGAAUGGUCUCCGUUGACUUGUUCUUCAGCGCUUUGUUCCUUUAGUUGUACCUAGACUAAAAAAAGUUUCGGAAUAGAUCUUGUUUUCGAAUUAUGAAGCUUCAAAGUUCGCGAAAUACACAAAUUAUGACGAAAAAGCUCAAUUUCAAGCUUUUGAAGUGGCUGAACUCGGAAACCAGAUCUAUUGUGAGAAUUUGCUUCUUUGUUCUGAAAUCAGAAGAUCCUAAAGUACACUUCCGUGAAGUUUCAUCAAAAGUUCAACCGGGGGCUAAAAAACGUUCUCUAGUAGAAUGAGAGCGACCACUUCGAGUGAAGACUUUCCACGGAAUCGAACAUUUUUCGUCUUUUAUCUUAGCUUCUCGACCUUGUCCCGCUCUUUUUCAAACAUUUUCAACUAUCAAGACGAUAAGUGGAAAUCCUAAUAUGUAUAACGGUUCAGAGGAUUGUGGAACAAGCCAUCGAGAAGGAAUACACCGACUUGAUUGUGGUCCACGAAGACAAGAAGCAGCCAAGUGAGUUCCUUCCCAAAAGCUUUUUAUUCGUCCAUUUCAGAUGGAAUCGUUCUUUGUCAUUUGCCCGAGGGUCCAACUGCUUAUUUCAAGAUCAAUAGCCUCACUUUUACGGAAGAUUUGAAGGUUUUUCUUUCUUUUCCGCUUCAAGUUAAUCAAUUUAAGUUCUCCCCGGUUUUUUUUUACACAAACUAAUGGAAGCUCAAUAAAUUUAUGAAUGUUGAAUGCGAAGAAAAAAAACCAAAUUGGAAGUUGGUAACGCGAAUCGGACGUAUCAAGACAUUUCUAGUGACCUCUUUGGUAGCAUCAGCACUCUUACAUUUCCUUAGUGAUUCCUAGAAUCUCUAAGGAAUGUCCGGUUUUCGUUACCGUGGUGCGAGAACUUCUGUCGUUUAUUGUGCUUUCUGACCGCUAGAGGAAAAACAGAGCUUUGUUUCUAGAAGUUUACUUUGGGAGAAAGAAAAUGAAUAUUCAGCGAUUCGGCGAAUCGACGUCUCAUUAUCCGGAAGUUAUCUUGAACAAUUUCAACACGCGACUCGGACACAAGUUUGUUCGAUUUUUUUAUUGAAAAGUUCUAGAAAAGUGGAGGCUGAAUUAAUCCGAUGCUCACACUCUGAAAUUAAUAUAUUGAAGAGCAUUAAUAUUGUUUUUUUUCAGUUUUUAAGUUAUUAGUUAGGUUAGAUCAUUAAAGAAAACUACUUUAUUUAUCUAUAACUUGUUGAGAAUUUUACAGAUUGUCGUAUGUAUCUUUCUUUUGCUCGAAUAACUCUUUUUGUAUCCAUUGAAUAGAGUUAUUUCUGCAAUUUUUUUCUAUAUUGUUCCAAGCCAUGAAUGACAUCGUCUUGAGUAAAUUUUUUGCAUAAUUACAAAAAAUUUUGCAUUGAUAUGAUUUUGAAUCAGUUAUCACUGAACUGUAAUUCAUCGAGUUUUUUGCAGUAUCGCAAGAAUGUUCGCAUGUUUAUUUCCACACGACCCGAAGUUCACCGGACGACGCGUCGUGACACUUCACAACCAACGCGACUACAUUUUCUUCAGGCACCACAGGUCCGCUCCUUCAGCCAAUUUAUUGUUCUCAUAAUGCAUCUAUACUCAGUCCAUCAUACGAGUUGAGAAUUCCAAUUUUUUUUUCAGAUAUGAGUUUAAAAAAGAAGGAGAAAAAGCGGCGCUUCUGGAGCUUGGACCUCGAUUCACUCUGCGACUGAAAUGGCUUCAAAAGGGAACUUUCGAUGCGAAAUGGGGCGAAUUCGAAUGGGUUCUCAAGGUUUUUUUCAUUUUUCAAAACUGUGACUGUGAUGAAAAUUCAAUCUCUUUUCAGCGUCACGAAAUGGAAACAAGUCGUCGUCGGUUCUUCCUCUGAUUUUUUUUUGUUUUUUGUUGGAUUUUGUACUUUUGUUAAGCCUCACACAAUUUUUCUUCUCUCUCAUCGCAAAGUCGGUUUCUUUAAUAAAAGUUGUUACGUUUCCGUCUUCUCUUUUAUUUUUUUUUCAUUUUUCUCACCCAGCCGUCAUUUCGGCCAUUUAUUUUUCAGUAAACAGGCUUUUCUGAGAAGAAUGUGAUCUCAAGUUUCAUAUUUUUUAUAAUUUUUUUGAAGGUAAGACCUGAGCGACGAUGAUUGGCCCGCGGCUCAUUUGCGACGCUGUCCUCAAGGAGCUCGCGCCUUCGUUUUUUGAUCAACGCCAGAUCGACUCUUGGACCUGUCAGGUAUGUAUUUUUUCAGCCGGUUCUUCAUCUUUUCACGAUGUAGGUUCAGAAACUUCAGAAAUUUUUUUACUAUGUAUUGUUCAUUUUCCCUGUUUUUGGCCAAACGAAAAAAAAUUUUUUUUAGGACUUUCACUUUUUUGUGGUCUUUUGCAGGGUCAAUUUUUUGUAUUGAGAUAGCAUUUUUUUUGCAGACAUCGGUUUGCGUGGGGAGAAGACGCGGCUGGACCAAAUGUUCCUGUCGGCGGCAAAAUGGGCGCCUCUGAAAACCCAGAACUUCACACAUACGACGGCGACUACCGCGGCUCGCCGUCGAAGGGCGACAAACUUAUCCCUGAGUCAGUCGCCUUUUCGGCUUCCCCCUAUUUAAAUUCGAAAAUCUUUGCUGUAUUAGUCACUUUCCUUUUAAAAAUAAUUUGUUUUAUUCGAAGUCGCUUAUAUGAAAUAUUAGGGCGAACAAAAAUCAGUUACGCACGACAUCAUGCAGAUUUUUGAAUCAAUCUCUUUUUUUUCUGGGAGGUGGCUUAUUUAGGACGGUUUUUGGUCAAUAUUUUGAAAUUCUUCUAGCUGCAUUCGACUACUCUUUUUAUAUCAAUUGAUUUCUUGAGGACUUAUCGAAAAGGGAAACAAAAAGAUGAAGAGCGCGAUAUGAACAAUUCAUCGUCGCUGUUUUGAAAAUAAUUGGCUUCCGAAUAGCUUCGAAAAUCAAAAAAUCAUUCUUCACUGUAUUUUCUAUCAAAUUCAAAAGGUUUAUUUUGAAGUUACUUCUACCGUACGCCGACCGUAGGCAGGACGUACAUCGACCGUUGCCUUACUUAUUUCAUUUCGGCCGUCGUCUGGGCCUGGUUCACUUAUCACAUGUACUACCACUCAGGACAUCUUUUCGUUAGUAUUUUUUCUGUUUUGCGAAAAUCUCCUAUUUCAGAAAGUUUUCUGAUGAUUUCUGAAGAGAUAAAAAAAAACUGUUACAGGGUCAUUGGUACAUGCCUUACCUUAGCGAGUUCACAGACGCCGAACUAGGAAUUCCGCCGUCGUCAGAAGAAGAUCCAGAAUACUGGGGAAACCACGGAAAACCACAUGGAUCCUAUCGAUAA